GGGUUUGGAUCCGGAUCAUAUAUCACAACUGUGUCAGCAGUCUGAAGGUUGAGACCCCUUCCAGCUGCACGUAUACUAAGCAGGAAAAUAAAACAAUCAGUAUCAGGAUCAUUGAAAUCCACAAGUCCUCAUUAUUCCAGGGGAAUGUCUAUCACAUCUAGAAAAGCAGAGUACGUGAGUCAACAUGCACCUACUCGCUGUAAAAUUUGGUUCAUCUGCAAAGGGAAACUAAUCAAGACAAGAGAAGGAAGUUUCGACCUUGGAAAUCCAUCGGAUUCGUUCACAGAACUCCAUACUUCAACUCAGAACCCAAACAAAGGAAACGAUCCAGAUAAAGAUCAUUCUGUAAGCAAUGGGAGCGAAGCAGACUGUGCUCCCGAAGAUUAUCUUUGUCCCAUUUCAAAGGACAUAAUGAGAGAUCCUCAUGUGGCUGCUGAUGGUUUCACGUACGAGGCCAAGAAUAUCAGAUACUGGCUAAAUAUAGGGAAUAAUACGUCGCCAAACACAGGAGCAAGGCUCGCUCAUCGCGAUCUUACCCCAAACUACACUCUUCGUUCACUCAUCAAGGACUGGCUGCAGCACCAUCCAAAUUAUAAACAUUGAUAUAUAUAUAUAUAUAUAUGUUGGAGAUAAAUUUAAAUGUCGAUUAUAUUGUGAGUUUUGGAAUCUCUUUGUGAGAACAAUAUAUAUGAUAUAUGCCCUUUUUCAAAAAAAAAAAAACAAUAUAUAUGAUAUAAUACCUUCAGAUGACCUCUUAGCGUGAUGUAAUUAGAAGUCAAUAUUUAUAGUGUAUGUAGAACUGUCAGUCGUAUAACUGUCUAUUUAACAUUUCUCAGUUAACCAACUUGAAAAAAAAACUCUUAUCAAAUGUAGUUUGGACCAAAUGUUGUUUAAGCAUGAAACACAAUGGAAUUAAUUCUUUGCUCUACUAUUAGAUACCAACAUUGUUGGUCAUAAAGAUCUAAGCUCUUUUUUCCAAAAUAUCUAAUCUUUCUAUAAACCAAUUUAAAUCAAAGGAUCAAAUCAAAUCAGAAAUGAUUAUUUUACCAAAAAAAAAAUCAGAAAUGAUUGAUAGAUUGGUGCAAUUAGUAGUAACACAUGAAAUUUGCAGUAUUGAGCAAAACAGAGUGACACUACUUCUUGUGACCCAUACAAGUACGUAAUUUUUCAUGCUCUUUAGACUCACUCACUCACGAGUCACUUGAGAGAGAGAGAUCUUUUACAGUUGAUAAAAAAAGCUUCUUUCUCUUCACAUGGAUUUAGAGAACUUCAACAAAGCCGCCUUCUUCGUCUCUCUCUCUGGUUCUUGGUCUGAUUCAUUGCAUCAUGUCUGGAGGAGAAUCAAGCUCUAGUUCUAUUCUACCGACCAUUGCAUCAAAGUUGUACCUACACACGGAGGCCGUUAUAUUCAGUACAACGUUUAUGGACAGCUCUUUGAAGUUUCAAGAAAGUAUGUCCCAUUGGUAGAGGCGCUUGUGGUAUCGUCUGUGCUGCGGUGAACUCAGUGAAUGGAGAGAAGGUGGCCAUUAAAAAGAUCGGUAAUGCUUUUGAUAACAUUAUUCAUGCUAAGAGAAACUCUACAUGAAAUCAAGCUUCUCAGGCAUAUGGAUCAUGAGAAUGUCAUAGCCAUCAAAGAUAUUGUAAGACCUCCGCAACGAGAUAUCUCUCAACGAUGUCUACAUUGUCUAUGAGUUAAUGGACACUGAUCUUCAGCGAAUCCUACGUUCUAACCAAACCUUAAGCCAUGAUCAAUGCCCGUUUCAUUGUAUACCAGCUCUUAAGAGGACUCAAGUACGUGCACUCAGCCAACAUAUUACAUCGUGAUCUAAGGCCAAGCAACGUGCUGCUUAACUCGAAACACGAGCUCAAGAUUGGUGAUUUUGGGCUUGCGAGAACAACUUCACUGACUGAAUAUGUAGUCACACGGUGAUACAAAUGAGAAAGAAAUUAUCGGUUAUCAUAACUUAAACUUAAUGCGUAGAUAACAACAGCGAAUGAGGAUCCAACCCCGGAAGCAAAAGACUUCUAUAAAAACUUCACACACAAACUAAGUCAUAACCCUGGGCCAUUGUUUACACAUCCGCCCAUAAAGGAAACCCAAGAAAACCCUCAUAGUCAAGGGCCCCAGGUUCUCGGCCCGAGUUGUGAUACAAAUACAAUCAUACGAAAACAGAUUAUUAGUGUUGAUAUGGACCAUAUGGUUUUGCUAAUGGUGUGUGCUAAGAAAAAGGACACGUAAAUAGUUUUCACGAAAAAGGACAAAGAAACAUAAUUUAUUGUCGACACGUCUUCUUCAACAAUCGUAACUCGUCUUAAGUUAUCGCUCACAUUUCUUUUGCAAUAAGUCUUCGUCCUUUUUGGUUAUAAAAAUAUCACUUAUCCACCAUCAUUCUUCUUAGAAAGUUCUCCCUUGUAUUCUGAUAAAUAUUUCGUUCAAAGGUUCAUUUGCCUCUGAAUAAGAAAUGUUCAGUAUAAAUGGAAACUAUUAAUGAGUCGAGAGUUUGAUUUGUAUACGAUUGUAUAAGUAUAAUUAAUGUACUAAUCCUUAGUUGUUAAGGGCCUCACGGCAACAGUGGAUAAGAUUAAGACAAGAUGCCACUUAUCAUCUAUCAUGUCUUUUUUUUCGCACAUUGUU